AUGGGAGCAACCCCCUUCCACUUAGUGUAUGGAGGAGAGGCAGUCGUCCCAGUUGAGGUCGGAGUUAAAUCCGAUCGGAUACAACAUUAUAGCAAAGACAACGCCGAGCGGAGGCUCCUGGAGCUGGACUUGGUGGAUGAACCACGCGCCAAAGCCGUCGUUCGGCUCAUGACCUAUAGGCAAAGAAUGUGUCAAAACUACAACUGGCGAGUGAUACCCAGAUCUUUUCAAGUCGGCGACUUCGUGUGGAAGAAGGUGAAGUCGGUCGGCGACGUCACCAAGUUGGAGGCUACUUGGGUUGGACCCUUCAAGGUCGUGGAAAAGCUAUGGUCGAGCACCUACUACCUAGAGGACGAGGAUGGGCGGCGGUUAUAG